UUAGUACUAGUACUUGGAUCUAAAUAAAUUCUUGGUCUUGUUUUUCUUUUUUUUCAUCAAUAAAUGGAGAAAAAACCAGAUCCAGAAAUGGAGAUUCCAUUAUAUUUUAGAUGUCCAAUAUCAAUGGAAGUCAUGAAGAAUCCAGUAACAAUAUCGACGGGUUUAUCAUACGAAAGAAAAAACAUCGAGAAUUGGUUCAACGUAUACAAGAAGAAAACAUGUCCAGCCACCAUGCAAAUUCUGCAGAAUUUUGAUGCAACUCCGAACCAUACACUUCAACGACUAAUACUCGUGUGGCAGGAACGAGAAUCUAAAGCGAUCGAUAAUCACCCGUCGUCAUCUAUAUCCAUUAAACAUGAUGAGUUGGUGUCAUUACUGACUACCAUUGAAUCCACCCCGUUUAAGGUAAGUUCCUUAAAGAAACUUCGGUCUUGUAUUGAAUUAGGAUUUGAGGUUAGAUUAGAUUUUGUUCACCUAGGUGGUAUCGAAGUGCUUAGUCGAAUAAUCACCCAAGUUCUCAUCGACAGAUCAGAUUUCAUUACAUUCCGAGCUUGUGAAGAAGCUUUAGGUGUUUUAUAUCAACUUCCGAUAUCAGAUGACGCAUCUAUGGAUUUGUUAUCAAAACCGGAAUGCAUGAAGGCCAUGGCAAUCAUGCUGCAACAUGGAAGUGCCGAGGCACGGUAUCAUACGGUAACAAUCUUUCGAAACAUGUCUAAAGUUGAGUAUAAUUGGAAUUUGGUUGUUCAGGAUCAAGGAAUGGAUUUAUUUAAAUCCUUGUUAGAAUUAGUAUCCGAUGAGAUCUAUACAAAAGCAAGUUCUUGUGCUCUUGACGUAUUGAUAGACAUUUUAAGCUCGUCGAAGCAAACUAGGCUAAAGGCGAUCGAAGCCGGUGCAAUUUGCGUAUUAAUUGAACUACUACCCGACUCCAACAAAUCAAUUUGUGAGAGGAUGUUGCUUAUUAUCAAAUUACUUUGUGAAUGCGCUGAAGGGAGAUUAGCUUUUGUUGAUCAUAAGUUAGGGAUUGCUGCAUUAUCAAAAAAGAUACUUCGAGUUUCAAUCUGUGCAACAAAGUUAGGGGUCAAAAUAUUAUGGUUGCUAAGUAGUUUUCAUCCAAAAGAAAAAGUUAUUGAAGAUAUGUUAAUGUUUGGAUCGGUGAAAAAAAUACUUGGAUUGUUACAUAUCGAAGGUCAAUCAUCGACAAAAGAUAAUGCUGUGAAGAUCAUCAAAAUGCAUGGGAAUUCAUGGAAUAAGUAUCCUUGUUUUCCUAGCGAGUUGAAGGAUUAUUUGAGAUUAGCUCAGGAUUCAAAUUAAGCAAAACUAUUAGCUUAUAAUCUCAGAUGUGUACAUGCGAACUUCAAAACAAAACAAUUUUUUGUGCACUAACUUCUUGUUAGUGCAUUUGUGUGUAAUCAUGGGAUUCUAUUUAUUGAUUUGUUUUAGGUAAUAAUCAAUAAUGGAUUGUUGUUGUUUUUUCCGGCUUUUGUAAGUGUAAAACAAAAUAUGAAUAAAGAUUUAUAAGGAAUUUUAUGUGUUUAUUA